AUGGAAAUACCAGACGCGUUGUUCGCGAUAGGGUUAGUCUAUAUCAUAAUUUCUAGCCUGCUGCUGGGGGUGAUUGGCCUGCUGACAACGCCGACGCUGGCGAUCGCGCGGCGGCGCAGUCAGUACUUUGACGACUGGAACGCCGCGCUCAAGGCGCCCUGGCUGUUCUGGCACAUUGGGGGCCUGCUGUUCAGGGUACAGGAGCUUCUCGGCAACUAUGUGCUGCCGGCGCCCCAGCGCGUGUGCGACAUGGCUUACGGCUACUUCCGCAGUCAG